UUGUAUAAAUACUUUUUUAGGUCCCUAUGACGGAGCCAACACGACUAUUUUCAUUUAUGAAUCCACUGGCAAUUGAAAUAUGGAUUUACGUUUUGGCAGCAUAUUUAUUUGUAUCACUAACAAUAUAUUUAUUAGCAAAAUUGUCUCCGAUGGAAUGGCGUAGUAUACACCCAUGUGAUGUGGAUCACUUAACAAUAAGCAACCAAUUUACAAUAUCGGAUAGUUUUUGGUUUACUAUUGGAACGCUUAUGCAGCAGGGAUCUGAUAUAUAUCCAAGAGCUACAUCUACCCGAAUUAUAAGUAGUAUUUGGGGAUUUUUUUCGCUUAUUAUAGUUGCAUCAUAUACUGCUAACUUGGCAGCAUUUUUAACUGUCGAACGUAUGAUCAACCCGAUCGAAAAUGCUGAAGAUUUGGCUAGCCAGACAGAGAUUUCAUACGGAACAUUAGAUAGUGGAUCAACAAUGACCUUCUUUCGGGACUCCAUGAUUGAAACCUAUAAAAAGAUGUGGAGAAUUAUGGAUAAUAAGAAACCUAUGGCGUUCACAUCUACAUAUGAGGAUGGCAUAAGGCGCGUGAACCAGGGUAAUUACGCCUUUUUAAUGGAAUCAACAAUGCUUGACUAUAUUGUUCAACGAGACUGCAAUUUAACACAGAUCGGCGGAUUAUUAGACACAAAAGGAUAUGGUAUUGCUACACCUAAGGGAUCUCCAUGGCGGGAUAAGAUAUCUUUGGCUAUAUUGGAACUUCAAGAAAAAGGAGAUAUUCAAAUGCUAUAUGACAAAUGGUGGAAAAACACUGAUGAGACAUGUAAACGGAUAAGCAGCAAUAAACAAUCGAAAGCAAAUGCAUUAGGACUCGACAGUAUAGGUGGUGUAUUUGUGGUACUAAUUACUGGAAUAUUAGUGGCGUUUAUUGUUUCAUUCUUCGAAUUUAUGAUUAAUUUCCGACGACAGGCGAAAUUAAUGCGAAUUACUCAUUGCAAUUGUAAGAAUCACAAUCAGAUAAGCUAUCCACCUGCUAAGGAUUCACAAACAAGAACCGAUUUGGCAUAUUUACCUCCGCCACGUUCUCUAUGGGUUGAAAUGCUUGAAGAGCUGCGAUUUGCAUUUUGGUGCACUAAUAAACGUCAACGUCCAGAGCUUAAUAGUUGCUGCACCCAAUGCCAAAACUAAUUAUAAUUUAAAUUAAAGCAUAUUAAUUUAUAUUUUUUUAACAACGAUGUAAUGUAAUAAAAACUUGUC